AUGGAAAAUGAGACUCAACUCCUUUCUGUCCAGUUGAUACGGCCGAGCGCGAAUACUGAGAGCAGAAAACACACCUUUGCAGUCUAUCCUUGUCAAGUCUUGACACAACCCUCGAACCAUCAAGACAUGACCGGCCCAUCCGUAACCAAAGAUGGCGCAAUGGCUGCCGUUGGACCACAGUAUAGUCGCCGACGGUUGGGAACCAAACCCAACUACAACGAUGGGGAGGUCAGGUCGCUCAUGUUCAAUUUCGUCAGACAAGCGCAAACACUAAAAGCAGAAAAUGCAAAUUCGCAGUCCUUCAUUACUGCCAUGAAGAAAAGCUUUCAGAGCCUCCAACACGGAAAAGCAGACACGAUGCAACAGGUCCAGCGCGAUGAGGGUACAGAAGGGCCAGCAGAUUGA